GAAAAGAUGGACAUUCGAACUGGACGUCAUGGAGCUCAUGGACGCAAGAACAAAGUUAUACUUAAUAGGUGUCGCCUAUUUUGUACAGCUUAUAAAUGGCGAUGCAAGAAUUUCAAGAGCCGAUAUCAGCGCAGUUUUGGGUGAAAACGAUGAUCCUAAUUUUUGGCCUUCACGAGGUCGAAGAAAUAGUCCGGAACCUAAAUUCAAACAAUACUUGGAGAGGAAAUAUAACAUGAAUAGUUUAAAUGGACAUUUAGAAAAGCCACUUUACGUCGAUGAGCCAAUGUGGCUAACAAUCGAUAGAAGAGCCGAGGGAGAUGAUGACUAUUUCUGGGUUACAAGAGGACGGAGAGGAAAUAGUUGGAAGCAUCCGACAGCUUCAAGACUAUCAACGAAUUCAAAUUAUCGUUAUAGAGACGAGUCUGAUAACAAAAUUAAAUAAAAACUCGUUGUUACU